UCCAUAUUGACGUUGGAGAGAAGUGGACAUUCCAUGGAUCCAAGUUGUGGAAGGCCCUGGCUCAGUCCGCAACCGGCAUCUUCCCCUUAUCGAGUGAUGCUCCCCGGCCUGCGCGAUUUCCACGUUUCAGGCAGAGAGCCAUCUUCAUUCACUUGGUUGCCAUUAUCUCAAAUAUUCGAUAAUCUUAAUCUUCCAAAGCUGGAGAGUUUGGUCAUCGGGGGAGGUAGUACUGGCGGUCUGUGGGAACGGACCUAUCUGCAGUCAUUUCUUUCGCUAAAAGGCUUACUGCAGAGAUCGACGUGCCCAUUGACUACCCUGUCACUCGAUAAAUACAUCUCCGCACCCUCCCAUACCCUACUUCAGUGCCUCUCACUUGUCCCUACCCUCCGCAAGUUGAUAGUACGACAGAGCAGGGACUGUGGCAGGGAUUUGAUCGUUGAUGAUGAUUUCCUUGAAGCUCUAACGCCGGGAACGUUAUGCCCAAAAUUACAGGUUCUGAUUUUGGUAGACAGUGGCGUGUAUCAAGAGGACGCGCUGGUUAGACUUUUGCGAACACGGUGUAACCCACCAGCCGGGGUGGCGAAACUGCAAGGAGCUUCUAUCUCUUCUCAUCGUCCCAAAUCCCACGCUGAUGAACAGAUAAGGAGUUUGGGAAACUCUUUCACAAUACAUCGAGUAUAGCCUCCUGAGUUUUGAUGAAGGGGAAGAGUCCAUCGGGCGUGGACAAGCACCUAUUCAGACUGCUUUCGUUCAAUUAUUCGAAGAUGUCUUAUGCCUAUUGUCUAAGUGCACUUAAUGCCAUCAUAAAUUCUCCGAAAUAAUAACCGAUACAACCCAAACCGCCGCGUACAAACUUUGCCCUAUAUACUCAUAAACUCGUAAACAUUCUUCUUCCAUCAUGUCGACAUGCACCUAUCAACGGACAAAUCCUCUGGAUUACCCCACCAAUACGGGAAGGCCACCUCUUUGUUGCUGGCACCAAAGACCGCAAAACUGAGGAUAAACAAAAUGACUUGACUUCCACCGUCGAGCGCCGCAGACGUCAGAUAGUUGUACUUCUUGAACCAGCCAGGUCUGUGCUUCCUUAGCCACCACUGUGAGAAGAACCCAAUCACGAAACAC